ACUACUGCCGCCAGUCCGAGUCCGAGUCAGUGAGAGCUCUCACGGCGCCCACACUGUUGAGAGCUGAGCUGACCACCGUUCCGCCAAGACUGAUACUUUCGUUUGUGUUGUUGGAUUCUCAAUCUAAGUUACAUCAAACCCUGUACAGAGUAAGCGUACGGAAGCCGUAGAGCAUCGUUCGCUACUCGUUUGAAAUUGACCCAGUUCAGGGAACCUUCUAGCCGGAACAUGCCGUCCCAAUCCCAGGAAAAUGACCCUACUAACCGACUGCGGAACUUCAAGAACAAAGGAAAAGAUUGUGAUGAAAUGCGGAGGCGUCGUAAUGAAGUUUCAAUUGAGCUGCGUAAGGCAAAGAAAGAUGACCAGCUGCAAAAGAGAAGGAACAUCACUAUUGACGAAGAAGCAACCUCCCCAUUGCAAGACAACAAUGUGCAAAUUAAAUCUCCUCUAAUGUCAAUUACCGACAUCCUGAAAGGUAUGCAAAGUCAAGAUGAGCAGCAGCAGUUGAUUGCAGUGCAAGCUGCCCGUAAAACUUUAAGUCGUGAGCAAAAUCCCCCCAUUGAUGAUAUGAUUAGGGCUGGGGUUGUUCCUUACUGUGUUCGGGCCCUUGAAAACUUCAACAAUCCAGCUCUACAGUUUGAAGCUGCAUGGGCUCUGACAAAUGUAGCCUCUGGUACUUCUGAACAAACCUCUACUGUUGUGAAGGCUGGUGCAGUGCCUCGCCUUGUUCGGUUGCUUGGCCCUGGCAAUCCACCUAAUGUUGUAGAACAAUCCGUCUGGGCUUUGGGUAACAUAGCUGGUGAUGGACCAUCCAACAGAGACCUUGUGUUGACUAGCAAUGCCCUUCCAUUUUUGCUGGAGCUGGUCACACCUGAUACUCCUGUGGCUCUGCUGAGAAACAUUGUGUGGACACUUUCAAACUUGUGCAGAAACAAGAACCCACCACCUCCAUUUGAAAGUGUGAAACCAUGCUUGCCAGUGUUCUGCAAAUUGCUGCACUACACUGACAAUGAUGUCAUUGCUGAUGUUUGCUGGGCUUUAUCAUACCUCACGGAUGGUACCAAUGACAAAAUUCAAGCAGUUGUUGGUACUGGCCUUGUUCCUCGUCUAGUUCAGCUUUUGGAUAGCAGAGAGGUUCUGGUGCUGACACCUGUCUUAAGAACAGUUGGCAACAUUGUCACUGGCAAUGAUCAGCAAACAGAUGCAGUGCUUCAAUCCAAUGUUUUACCCCGUUUAGGGAAACUUCUCGGUCACUCCCGCCCCAACUUGGUGAAGGAAUCAGCAUGGACUCUUUCAAAUAUCACUGCUGGAAAUCCGGAACAAAUCCAGCAGGUUAUUAACUGUGGCCUUAUUCAGCCUCUUAUCCGUGUUUUAAGAGAGGGAGAUUAUAAGUCGCAAAAAGAAGCAGCCUGGGCUGUGACAAACAUUACAUCUGGAGGUAGUAUUCAGCAACUAUCAGUCUUGGUUCAAGAAGGAGCUUUGCACUGUAUGUGCAUGCUGCUGGAUUGCAAGGACCACAAGUGUGUCAAGGUUGUUAUGGAUGGCAUUGUUAAUAUUUUGGCCACUGCUGAGAAGACUGGAGAUUUGGAUAAGGUUGCCCUUCUUGUGGAAGAAUGUGGUGGUUUGGACAAAAUUGAAAACCUGCAGAAUCAUGAGAAUGAAGAAAUUUACCAGAAGGCUCUGAGCAUCAUUGACACCUAUUUCUCAUCAGGGGAGCCUGAUGAUCCCAAUCUUGCACCACAGCAAGUCAAUGGGCAACUCAGCUUCAACACAGGAGCUGUUCCUGAUGGAGGUUUCUCGUUUUAAAAUCCACCCAGUGCAUUAGAAAAUUGAGAAAUGUGAUAUAAAUUAUUUUGUACAACCAGUGAUGGACCAAUCUAGUGGACCAAUUCCUAGGAAUACUUUUAUAAUUUUUAUUAGGGCUCAAAGCUCCUGCUCAUGGGUAUUGUUCAUGUGAAUCUUUUUACUUUUGGAAUGCCAAUGCUUGAAAAUAUCAGUCGAAAACUAAUGUUAUGCCUCCUAAUUGUUUUAAUCUAAUGAUUUUAGGUAGUGCCAUCAUCUAAUCAAUUGUAAAAUUUCCCUGUACCUUGAAAUCAUUAAAAUGGAUUUCCUCUUUA